ACCAGAACACGGGUGUUUGUUUGCAGAGGGUGGGUCGCUUGUCCGCGGUAGCUCCGACUCGACGCCUCGGUUCAUAAGUCACAUAUAGUCCUUAGCAAGAACCGCCAAACAGUCUCAUGAUAUCGAAGACCAAAUUGACAAAACACCAACGAAGGCUUCGACACAGCGCUUGAAUUGGAGAAGUGUUUUUUUUUUUUUUUUUUUACACCCAACAGAUCUAUGGCCCACUUUGGGUCCGACAUUUUGGUUUCUGUAAAAUCUGCCUUCUUUUUCAGCGGAAAAGCGAUGAAGACAUUACUUUUUUCCCAAACGUUAGGAGGUGUAUGCCUGUUCUUCGUGUGUGGUGCUUCUGCUGUUGAUUCAGACAGAGUGUCAGUGCCAGUGAUGGAGGGAGAUACAGUGACAUUAUACUCUGAUGUUGAAUUGAACCAAACAGACAGAAUGAUAUGGCUUUUUGGAGUCAAUCGCAUCGCUGUAAUUAAUAAAGAUCAAAGAAAGAUCUGUGAAGAUGAUAAAUGUAAAGAGAGAUUCAAAGACAGACUGAAGGUGAAUCAGACUGGAUCUCUGACCAUCAUGAACACCAGAACCACAGACUCUGGAGAAUAUACACUAAAGAUCACCAGCCGCAACAUCGACAAUAUCUUUAGUGUUACUGUACAUGAUGUUUCUGCUGCUGAACGAGAUGAAAUGAAGAGAAAGUCAGUGAAGGAGGGAGAAUCUGUUACUUUAGAUCCUGGUGUAGUAAAAAACCCCAAUUAUUUGAUGAGAUGGUAUUUUAAUGACAUUUGCAUUGCUGUUGUCAACGGAAAUCAGAGUAAGGUCUGUACAGAUGAACAGUGGUUUGAGAGACUGGAGCUGGAUCAUCAGACUGGAUCUCUGACCAUCAUGAACACCAGAAUCACAGACUCUGGAGAUUAUAAACUGAAGAUCAGCAGCAGCAGAUUCAACAUUAUUAGGAGCUUCACUGUUAAUGUCUCUGAUGUUUCAGAUUCAGGAUCGUCUUCAGCUGCCGCUGUUGUUGCUGUUCUUCUUCUUCUUCUUCUGCUCGUUGCUGCUGUGAUUUACUAUAAGCGCCAAGCAAUAAUGAAAUGCAUCAGGAGGAAGCGCAGUGAUCCGACAGAUGAUGCUCAAGACACAUCCCGUGAACAGACUGAAACUCUAAUGAAGACGGCUUCUAAUGGGACAUCUCAUAAUAAGACUGAGGCUGCUGAUGAGACACAACUGUAACAUAAUUUAUUUUAUUGAAAGGGAAAUUUAAGAGAAGAUGGGAAAUUAGAGAAAAGCAUCAACAGAAAUUUUCACAAUGUCAAGGUUUCAGUGUAGUGUCAUUAAUGGUGAGUUCAGUUUGGCGUCUUGACGGCACUAUUUACACACUACUUAACACUACAACAUUACUUCAAACUGAUGUUUUCAGAGGGAUCCUUGAGAAAUGAAACAUUUCACUGAAACUUUGUGUUUUUGUAAUUUAGUUUGCAAAGCUUUGUGGUUAAAGAAAAGCAGAAGGUUCAGAUUCUGUAAGGGUUGAUCCAUGAAAUCUCACAAUUAUAUGCAUGAUCAAGACUCUGAA